UUGGCCUCUACGCCAUCGUCUUGGUCGGUGGUCUGAUCGCCUACGGUGCCUACCAGUACCUCCAGACUGCCUCCGCCGCGGAGACGCAGUAAACGAUAUACCUUCAAUAAUAAUUGAGAAAUAAGACAAAAAAAAACAGAGAAAUGAAUAUGACCCUAAAGAAUCUCCGAAUUUCUGAAUCUCUCCAUUUCUUGUCUGCUUUUGAUUUUGUCUUUGGCCCCGUCGAUCUCGGCUAUUUUUACUUCUCGCCAGCAUUAGGGGGUUGUUGGGUGAUAUCCAGUGCAGAUAUUCAUGAUUUAUGUCUCAUUCCUUUUUUUCUUCUUAGAGUGCAAGCAAUUUCACAGAUGUCCGAUUUACUCAUGGUCGCUUCAUUCAACAUUGACUGUACAAAGCCGAGGAUAAACCGGGUGCGCACUCGAAUCUGAGGAUUCGAUUACACAUUGUUUCCCUACCAUGGUGUUUAUACGCGGUCCCGCCUAGAGUCGUUGAAAUCAUGUAGAUGCAUUUAUAUUUAUAAGGGGAGUGAGGCCUAAUCACAAAAUGUUCAAGGCAGAUGCAAA